GAACGAUUACACUGCGUACAGGCCUCCAUUCCGACCCAGCACCGCCACCUCGUCGCUCGCAACAUCUCACAUUACUAUGAAACCGUAUUAACGCGGGCUCGCGGUACGAUGACGGACCACCUAUCACCCCCGGGUGCACGCACGCUCCAUUGUUUCAUAAAGAGGAAAGCGAAGGACGCCGCGUGCAUCUCAAUUAACGAAGAGAGUUUUGGCGGCAAGUGAAUACCAAACCGACACCACUCGACGGCCGGACGCAAGGACGCGACCAUCGUGACCGAUGACACAGGGAAAAUUCGCCGCGGAUUAAGGAGGACAGAUUUCAUGGGAAUGUGUUUGUUAUGCGCGACCGUUGCCGAAAGUUAGCGAAAUUUUUGGCAAGAACGCAACGAGACUAACGGGUGCAUUGUGCAGCUGUAAUCAGCCGAUACACCGUGUGAUGAUCGUCUGCGAAGGACGUUCUGAGUGAUAUAUACCUAGUGAUAUCUCGUAACUACGCGCGUGUGCUUCGUUUUAAUUUUAUUUAGUUCAUAAAACUGAUGGCGAUGGAGAGAAUACCUCGCGUAUUACUUAGCAUAGCACUAGCUGCACUUCUCCCAAUGGCUUCACCAAAUACCCAGGAGGAAGGCAAAGAAAAUAUACCUCAUUCUCGACAGAAGAGGAUACUAUGGAUCACGAACGAUGGCCGCUUGGCGUUACCCCCAGGAACGACUAUGACGAUAACCCCUUCGAUAUCCAUGCCCUUCGUGAGGCAUCCGCCGAAGGGGUUCCUUUCGAAUAUGACUAUUAGUUUCCCAUUUACAAUUGAUUUCGAUAAAUUGGGUUUGACUGACAACGAGAAUCCUUACGGUGAUUUGCCGCCAAUUUUCGCGAGGUCCAUGGGAAGGACUGCAGCUUCUGUGAUGGCAGAUUAUGUAGGACAAUACCUAGAGCAUAGACGAGGGAAGAGAUCAACUGACUCACAAAUACCCCCUGAAGCUGAGAAGGUUAUUCUUGACAAAUUUCACGGAGGUGAAAGAGCGCUUAUGUAUGGAAUUGCGGAAGACCUGUUGGCUAAUUUCGGAUUAGAUGGGAAAGAGUGCCUCUUGAGAGCCAUUUGCGAGGUGCAUGCGCAUCCUUUGCACAAUUUUGGAUUUCUAGGUGAAGUCAUGAAGUUGUUCUUCAGCCCAAGUAAAUCACCAUAUGCUACACUUCUGGACGAGUAUGUCAAAGCCCAGCAAGCUGGAGAGUCAGGGGGUGAAUGCUGGCCGUACUAUAGACUAUGUCCAAAGAGCAUUUUCCAAUCGACGCAGAACAAAUAUGCAGAAGACGCCGAGCUCUUACACAGGAGAGAACACGAUAAUAUCGAAGAAAAUAAAAUAGAAAUAGAUAACCUAAAAGCUAUGUAAAUAAGAUAAUCAAAAUGUCCCAAAUGUAGAGGUAGUGUCCAACCAAAGUUAUAAGAAAAUUUAGUCUUUACAAACAAUGUAAUUAUUGCACUAAUUCCUUCUAGAUUCACAAUUACAAUAUUCCUAGAACGCCGAACAUCUAUUUCAAGCAAAAUAUUCAAUGUUCGUGAAUUAUUACACACAUUACAUAAAUAGGAAAGUUAUUACUGAUUAAGGAUUUCCGCGUAAAACAAAAAGUAAUUUAACGUCUCUACGUAACGUUUUCUUUUCAUUAAUUGGCAAUCGUAUGUGUCAUCUUUUAAUGAUAGUUAAACAGUGUUAAACAGAUUAGUUUUGUAAUAAUAUGUUCCGUAUAAUUUUAGAUUUAAUUUUAUGUUACGAGCCAGUCAAUAGAGUACAAUGAGCACAAUAAAGGCGCGGCAUUUUUAGUUAUUUUCGUGAAUCUAGAAAUUAGUGAUGUGAAAUUCAAGGCAUUCAUAAGCAUUUUAUUUAUAAGAUUACAUUAUUAUCAUUGCGAUUGAGUGGAUUGAGAGAAGCAUUUGUUUGGUCUUAGAUCUUGAUUUUUUGGGCAGUAGGAUACAUUUUAUACAAUACAAUAAAACCCCAGUAAUACAUAUAAUUUGAAUGUACGUGAUUUUCCAUUUAUUUGACUUCUACUUAUUGGAUCCUUAUAUUUUGUACGCUUUGCAUAUUUACAAAUCAGCCAAAAUCUUAAUAUAAUGUUUAUGAAUCUUACUAUAAGUGCCAUUUAAAAUUUAAGGUACAUUCCUCUAUUGUAGUCUUAAAUAUUUAUGUUCGUAAUAUAUUCUUAGCUUUUUUAAUAAAUAUAAUUUUUACAAUACUGUUCUCUAAGCUAUCACCAUUAUGUUAUAAAUAACGGAAUAAUGUGAUAAAAAGUCCUGACAAAUAUUAGUUAAAAUUAUUUUUAUAAUGUAUGUACCUAUUGUUAAGUUAUCAUAGGUAUGAAAAUGUUUAUUUCAUUGUUAUUAAUUGUAUAUCAUAAGUUAUUUACAAGAAUUAAAGAGUUUACGAUAUGA